AUGUCCGCCGCCGCCGCCGAAGUUGAGACUGUUGCCGCCUCCAUGACUGACACUGUCGCCACCCGGCUCGCGGCCAUCUGCGACAUGAUCCAUGCGCACCGCGCCUCCGGGACGCCGAUCAGCGCCAGGCGAGCCGCCGCCAUCUCCGCGAUGAUCGACGACGUCGCCGCCACCGCCGCCGAGGGGAGGCCGAGGGCGUUCAGGCGGAAGCGUCGGAUGGCCAGCGCCCGCGGGUACAAGCAGGAGGGCCGCAGGCUCGGCCAGCAGGGCGGGCGCGGCGCCGUCAUCGUCAGGGCGAGCCACCGCGCCACGGGCCGCGCCGUCGCCGUCAAGUCCCUCCACCGCAGGAGCGGCGGGAGCUACGUCGGCGACGUCCUGCGCAAGGCCUGCUUCGCGGCGGCCGGCGGGGGUCACCCCUCGCUCGUCACGUUCCGCACCGUCGCGCGCAAGCCCGGCACCACGGACUACUCCAUCGUCAUGGACUACGUCGGGCCGAGCCUCAGGGCAGUCAUGGGUGACCGCGGCGGCCGGCCGUUCCCGGAGGCCGAGGUGCGCCGCAUCAUGCGGCAGCUGCUGGCCGGCCCGACAACAUCCUCGUCGGCGACGGCGGCGCCGUCAAGAUCUGCAACUAUGGGCGCCGAGAAGGACCCGCCGUGCUACGACCCGGCCGGGACGUGCGCUUACGUCGCGCCGGAGGUGCUGGUGAAGAGCGCCGACCACGGCGCGCUCGUGGACGCGUGGUCGCUCGGCUGCGUGAUGGCGGAGCUCCUCACCGGGAAGCCGCCGUUCGUGGGGGAGGACGAGGCGCACCAGCUCUUCAAGAUCUUCGACGUGCUCGGCGUGCCGUGCAGGAGUGCGUGGCAGGCACUGAAGCCCCAGGUCCACGACGGCAAGGCGCAGCUGUGGCGAGCGCGGCAGCAGCGGCGAGUGGGGCGCCGUAACCGGCGGCGCGAGCUGGUCCCGGAGGAGACGCUGUCAGGCGAAGGUUUUCAGGUCCUGAAAGGGCUCUUGUCGUGCGAUCCCGAGAAGUGA